AUGGCAGGUUCUCUAAAUUCCAUAAUCCUCAUUCUUGUUUCUGUUAGCUUAGCAUCAUUUAGCGGGAACAUCAUUGCUGAGGAACGUAAACUUGCAGAGAUGCCUGAGCUUCCCGUGGUUCCUAAGCCUGAGCUUCCCGUGGUUCCAAAGCCUGAGCUUCCGGUGCUUCCUAAGCCUGAGCUUCCUGUCAUUCCUAAGCCUGAGAUUCCCGUACUUCCUAAACCUGAGCUUCCAAAGCCUGAGCUUCCAGUGCUUCCUAAGCCUGAGCUUCCGGUCGUUCCUAAGCCUGAGAUUCCCGUACUUCCUAAACCUGAGCUUCCAAAGCCUGAGCUUCCGGUGCUUCCUAAGCCUGAGCUUCCAGUCGUUCCUAAGCCUGAGCUUCCCGUGGUGCUUAAGCCUGAGGUUCCCGUGGUUCCAAAGCCUGAGAUUCUUCCAAAGCCUGAGCUUCACGUGCUUCCAAAGCCUGAGCUACCUGAGGUUCCAAAACCUGAUGUUCCUGUAGUUCCAAAGCCUGCUAAGGUUCCUGAGUUUCCAAAGCCCACGUUUCCCGUCAUUCCGAAGCCCACAUUGCCAGAGUUGCCUAAGGAUUUUCAUAUCCCUUCUGUUACCCAUCCAUAA